CGGCUUUCACGAGAACAACGUUAAAACGGGAAAACACAAAACACACACAAACAACAAAAACGUCGUCGCUUGAAGACGGGCAACUGCAGCAACUCACGGCAAAGAGGCAAAAAGGCAACUUAACUAAUAUCAUCAUCAAUAAUCGGUUGUGCAAUAUGCGCGGGUGAUGCGAGGUGUAUCGUAGAACGUUAUGCAUUUCAUUGGCCGAAUUGCGUUUCCGUUUGCCACUAAAGUGCGAUUCGCUAUUGUAUCCCAUAAUCAAUAAUUGCCGCCGUGAACUGUGAACUGUGAACAGAGUGAGACAGAGAGUGAGACGAAGAGUGACUGUGACAGUGCUAACUAACUAAAUACAUAAGAGCUUAAAUUGUGAUUGGAAAUCAAAUCGAUUCCGUACAGCGAUUACGAUAUUUAUAACGGCUACGGACAUGUUGAUAGAGCCGAGCUUGAACCGUGACUUUGGCUCGCUAACUGCUGCAAGUUCUGGCAUCGCACACUGGAAAAUGGAGCCACAUCCCCAACGAUUGCCAACACUGGGAGCACACAGCAUGUCGGCAUCAUCGGCAGCAGCAGCAGCAGCGGCAGUAGCAGCCGCGGCAGCAUCGCCAGCAGCCACAACACCGACAACAGCAGCGCCAACAACUGUGCAAAUACCACCAGGUUUCGUUGGUUCCACGGCUGCUGCGGCUGGUGGCAACGGUGCCUCUGGCCCCACAGCAGCCACAGCAGCCGCAGCAGCGGCGGCGGCAGCAGCAGCGGCUGCCACGGGCAACACACUCGGCGCUUUGAUGUCGCAGCAUCGCCUCUUGGAGUUCUCGCGCUUUGGCGGGCUGCGUGGCUAUGACAUUGCCCAACACAUGCUGACACAGCAGGGCGCAGUGUCCAAACUCUUGGGUUCGUUGCGACCACCUGGCCUAAUUGGUGGCUCCAAGCCAAAAGUGGCCACACCGACAGUCGUCUCCAAAAUCGAGCAAUACAAACGCGAGAAUCCAACGAUCUUCGCCUGGGAGAUACGCGAGCGUUUAAUCUCUGAAGGUGUCUGCACAAAUGCCACAGCACCCUCGGUGAGCAGCAUCAAUCGGAUUCUGCGCAAUCGCGCCGCGGAGCGUGUGGCCAGCGAAUUUGCUCGGACCGCUGCCUAUGGCUUGUAUCCGCCACCGCCGCAUCCCUACGGCAGUUUCACCUGGCAUCCGGGUAGUGUUGCUGGUAAUUCCCCCGUGCCGCCGCCACCCUCAGCGCUGUGGCCUGUGGCAGCUCCCACGCUGGCCAAUCUGCCACCGAGUGCAGGCAACUCGACGCCUGGAAGUCUGAGUUUGAGCUCUGCUAAUCUGCUGGGCAGCGCUGCGCCUAUGAAUAGAGCCAUUUCACCGGGUUCGGGCAGCCACGAGACGCUGGAGUCGGCGGAUGAGAAUCGACAGAUCGAUUCGGAUUAUCUGGACGAUGAUGAUGAGCCCAAGUUUCGACGCAAUCGCACCACGUUCAGUCCGGAGCAGCUGGAGGAACUGGAGAAGGAGUUCGACAAGAGUCACUAUCCGUGUGUGAGCACCAGGGAGCGUCUCUCCAGUCGCACCAGUCUCAGUGAGGCGCGUGUUCAGGUUUGGUUCUCAAAUCGUCGCGCCAAAUGGCGUCGUCAUCAGCGCAUGAAUCUGCUGAAGCGUCAGCGCUCCAGUCCCGCCAAUCCGAUGCACUCGCAGCAGUCCAACGAUGGUCCCGUCGCCACCAGCUCGCCCACGCCCAGCACACACAGCAACACGUCGGCGCCCACAACGCCUUUGGCUCAACAAUCGCUGCUCUGCGCCGACUCGCCGUUAUCCUCGGCUCAAUCGCCACCUGCUGUGAUGAUGCACCCGCUGCACGCGUUGCCUCCCGCACCGCCUGGACAUCACCAUCAUUUGCCCGCGCAUCCGGCUGCGUUGCAGCUCUUCAGCCACUAUCAUCAGCAGCAGCAACAACAGCAGCAGCAACAUUCUCCAACUUCAGGCGGUGUUUGCGGCAGUCCCAACUCGGGACUUUCGAUGGGCGGCGAACGCAGUGCCUUUCGUAGUCUGGUUGGUUCGCCAUCCGCGGCAGCUUUUGCUCUUGGCCUAGCCCGACAAUAUGCGGUAGCUGCUUCGCUAACGGUUGCCGAGGAACAGCGCUCGCGAUUGCACUAUCCGGGUGGGGAGUGUGUGACGACAGCGGCGACAUUGGCGGGGACAGCGGGUUCGACGGUGAUGGUGGACAACUCUUCGUCGGAUUCCGAUGAAGAGAUCAACGUGCACGACGAUUCUGAUGCUGAAAUUGAGUCGCCAGUGGCUAAGGUGGCCCGCAUGUCAUCCUCUGAUGCACCGACAACGACAGCGGCGACGACAACGUUGCAGCUCCUAAAGCAUGACCGCUAAGGGCGUGGCACAAGGCGUAGCUUCAAGUCGACGUCCAACGUGGGGACGGCAGCGGUAGCUUCUAAUUAUAAAAGUUGAGUUGUGUGCGCGUUUCUGAUUGACAGCGACAAGUCGAGCGACCCCAUCGCCCCAGGGUAGUGUAGGAGGGGAGGCGGCAGUCGGAGGGGGGGCGUUGCCGUGCAUGUUGCACUCUGAAACCCGAGACAUGACAACUGCAGCGACUGCGACAAUGUAAGCAAAAAAAAUACAGCAAAUAAAAUAGAGAGAAAAAAUAAAACAAAUCGAAAACCAAAGUUAAAAUGCUGCUCACCCACAUGGCUGCGGAUCAAGAGACCCGAGACUUGUGUGUGCCGCAAGCUGCACGUUACACGUUACACUGUGUUGCAGUUGCAAGUUGCGCGCUCUGUAAUUACAAUUGCAACAAUUGUGUGUGUGCCUAAAAUUAAACUGAAAUUGUAACUAAUACUUAACAAGGGGGGUCGCCCCUCUAUUAGAGCGUGUGUGUGUGUUUGUGUGUGCCCCAGUUCGUAUACUUAUUUCUAUUACGAAUACAACUAAGAGUACUUUAUUUAUUCAUUGCCGGCCGUAGGUCGUUUUCAUAGCUCUCCUUCUCUUUCUCUCUCUCUGUAUCUGUAUCUCUAUCUAUUAUAUCUUUACUAUCUACUACUAGCUGCCGGCUUACCUCAUCACCAUUUAAGGCUAUAGCGUAUGCAAUAUUUAUCUGUAACUUAGCCCUAGCUCCUAGGCUUAAGCUUAGCCAUGUAUGCUCAUUAAGUGAGAGCUGCGAGACGUGUCUACAGUGCGUGACAUGCAAAUAGCACAUCAUAAGUGACAACUACUUUAAAUUUUAUUUAAAUUAAAUGUUCAUUCAAAUAAAUUAUAUUUUAUUUAUACUUUAUUGUUUUACCAAAAUAUUUUAUUAUUUAUUCCCCCCGUUGCUAUUUGCUUGGCCAGCGCUGUAGCUGUCUGUAUCUGUAGAUACCCAUUUUACCAGUAUGAGUGUGUAACGAGUACGAGUUCGAGUACUCACUUUGUUGUCUUUGGUUGCGUUUGAACUGAUAUUGAUACCAGGAGUAUGUGAAGAGAAAAGCGACAAUCGGAGGAAAGUCGUCGUGGUACUUUAUAUGUAAUUCAAUUGUACAUUUACGAUGGCUCAAACUAACUAACUAUUUAGUCUCUCAAAAAAA